GCUAAACCCUUGACAUCGUCGACGCAACGGUAGAAGAUGGGCUGGUGGUCUCUCUUCCCCGAUCCCCAUCUCGCCCUCUCCCUCUUCCUGUCCUCUCUGGCGUUGAUCUUGGCGCUCGGCAUUGCGGCCUUCUUCCUCGAAUACGUCAGAAAGAUCGGAUGCAAGCACUCGCUCGAAAGAACUGCCGCCUUGGAUGCCUUCUUCGAGGACCCCAACUCGUUGAAGAAGGUCCCAUGUCCUUCUAUCUUUGAUCCUGCUGAAAAGUAUUUAUCUUUGAUUGUUCCUGCAUACAAUGAAGAGCAUAGGCUUCCUGGAGCUCUUAUUGAGACCAUAAACUAUCUCCAACAACGUUCAGCAGUUGAGAAAUCUUUUUCUUAUGAGGUGUUGAUAGUUGAUGAUGGAAGUACUGAUCGGACAUCACAAGUAGCAUUUGAUUUUGUAAGGAAGUACAAGAUUGAUAAUGUAAGGGUUAUUCUACUUGGAAGAAAUCAUGGGAAAGGAGAAGCUAUAAGAAAAGGAAUGCUCCAUUCACGUGGUGAACUGCUUCUAAUGCUUGAUGCCGAUGGAGCAACCAAGGUGACUGACCUUGAAAAGCUUGAAACUCAGAUACGCGCAUUGGCUAAAAAGGAUAAAGAUAACUUAUCUGCUGCAAUGCCUAAUGGUCUGAGUUUGAAGCUAUCGGAUAUUGAGGUUGCUGCAUUUGGUUCUCGUGCUCAUCUUGAGAAGCAAGCUCUUGCUACAAGGAAGUGGUAUCGUAAUUUACUUAUGAAGGGUUUCCAUCUGGUAGUUCUGUUAACUGCAGGUCCAGGAAUUCGUGACACACAGUGUGGCUUUAAGAUGUUUACCAGAGCUGCUGCCCGGAAAUUAUUCACAAAUAUUCGAUUGAAGAGGUGGUGCUUCGAUGUUGAGCUUGUCUACUUAUGCAAGCAUCUUGGCAUCCCGAUGAUCGAGGUUUCUGUUACCUGGUCCGAGAUACCUGGAUCUAAAGUGCGCAUGACUAGCAUCAUGCACAUGCUUUUUGAGCUUAUUCUUAUUCGACUGGGCUAUGGGCUGGGAAUAUGGAAAAUCUACACCUGACUAUCUGUAUUGUCUCCCCUGGAGCCAACAAAAUCUCCUAAUUUUGCCACCAUUGGAGCAGCAGGAGGGUUAUGAACCAGUCAGGAGUUUGGAAUUUCGGGUAGUCUACCACUUCUGUCGAUGGGGCACCGCAUCUUCAUGCAUUUGGUGGGCAAACUUUUUUUUUUAUGAACUUGUUGCUAGCAGUAGGAAAACACCAGAUCAGCAUAACCGUAUCCAACAAGAACUAUAUAUAGAUGCUGCAUCAAUCAUAAUCCAACUCCUCUUGGAGCAUGUAGCAGCUGAUGUCAUACCCCUGCUAACAUCUGAGUAUGGAUUUUUCAAGCAAUGCGGCCAUCAUUUAUCUGUCUA